UCAGUUGCAGUUCGCCUUCGGUUCUAUGUUUGAUUCGAUUGGUUCUGCUCCCAAGGUUUUCAUCCGUUGGAAUUUCUUCGAUUGACAAAAGUGAUUUUUUUUCUAGCCUAUUAAUUAGUGAUCGGUUUUUGCAGUGUUCCUGUGUUUGACAUCCGGGCGAAUGACCUGUUUAUUACGAAAUCCAUGUGUUCAAGGCUGUGUGUAGUUGGCAAAGUGUGUGCGCAAUCGGGUUGUUUGUUUGAGUGCCGGUCGACGUCAUUUGAUUUCAGCGAACCUCAUUCCACUGAAGGUCACUGACUGAAAUCGCAAAUAGUGUUCCAUCAUCGAGAGAGAUCCCAAGUGCGGUUACAAGUGCACAAAGUGGCGAUCUGUAUGUUAAUGCGUUCGAAUUGUCACUAUUAAGGAUUUAAUUAUUCGUGCGGGAUUUGUUUCGAACUGAGAGCUACCGCCUUCAGUGUUUAAUUUACUAAAUUGGACGAUCCAUCAUUCCACCCAGCAACAUCGGUAGGUCGUUGCCACAAAGGAGGAAAGAGGCGAACGCUGCUGUGGAUAAUAAAGGAAUAAUCCUCGGGAGACAAAAUGUGGUGGAAGUUCGUAGUAGAGAUAACGAACGAGUACAAAAUCCUCCGGGGAAUGCUCUCGUACUCGGCCCUGUGGCCGUUGGGUUGCAUCCUGCAGCAGACGUUCGAGGGAAAGCGCUGGGGAACCUACGACUGGGACAGAUGCCUGAGGUACAGUGUGUACGGCACGUUUGUGUCCGCCCCGAUGCUGUACACGUGGAUGCGUGUUGCCAAUAUUAUGUGGCCUCGAAACGACUUUCGGUCAUCGCUAGCAAAGGCUUUUACCGAGCAGGUAGCGUACGACCCGUUCGCUAUCGUUUUUUUCUUCUACGGAAUGAGCAUCCUGGAGCGCAAGAGCCAGAAACAUGCCGCUGAGGAGGUCAAGAGCAAAUUUCUGGAUACCUACAAAGUUGGAUUCUUUUACUGGCCCGUAGUGCAGACGAUCAACUUUUCGCUGGUGCCCCCCAAGAACCAAAUUAUUGCAGCUGGAUUUUUCAGUCUUAUCUGGACCACAUUUUUGGCUUACAUCAAAGCAAUGACUAAACCGAUGGAAAAUCCUAUCUAAUGUAUAAAACGGGUGAAAGCUGAUGAGCAAUUGUGAAUAGUAAAGUGUAUUAGCUAGAAAUAUUCGAAGAAAUAAAG